AUGCGACAGGGCGCCUGGGAAAUGACGUAUCUUUGUAUUUACUAUGGAAAGAAGAGCGCACCCCUGUUUCCUUCACCCAAAUCUUUCACACGCCUCAAACACGGGCUCUUGGGUCUCUGGCCCUUUAAGACGCAUCGGAGGGGCGGGGUGCGGCUUCGAGUGCCAGGAGUGCCCGCCCUUUCCGCACCGCCGGUCCCCGCUUGCCCGCUUCUUUCAGUUCCGCCUCGCCUCUCGUGCCUCCCCGCAGCCCUUCGCCGCUGCUCCGCCAUGAGGCCGCUGGCCGGGUUCCUCCUGCUCCUGGGAGCCGCCACCGCCGGCCUUUACCUGCUGUCGGCGCGGCUCCCCGGAGAGCCCCGCGCGGGGAGCGGGUCAUUAAAGUUCCCUUCAGACCUAGAAGAACUGCAAGAACUUGCAGAGUUUCUACGGUACUACAAUAGAGAGCACCAUGCAUAUGUGCUGCUGCUGUUCUGCAGUGCCUAUCUAUACAAGCAGUGCUUUGCUAUACCAGGCUCCAGCUUUCUGAACAUCCUUGGUGGGGCUCUCUUUGGACCAUGGAUGGGACUCCUGUUGUGUUCUGUCUUGUCUUCUGUGGGUGCCACGUGUUGCUACGGACUAUCCAAUGCAUUUGGGAAAAAAAUCGUUGUCUACUACUUUCCUGAAAAAGUUGCCAUGCUUCAGAAAAAGGUGGAAGAAAACAGAAAUUCUUUGUUCUUUUUCUUGCUGUUUCUGAGGGUGUUCCCCAUGACUCCAAAUUGGUUUCUGAAUCUCACUUCUCCAAUCCUCAACAUCCCUGUGUCUCAAUUCUUCCUCUCUGUUUUCAUAGGCCUUCUCCCGUAUAACUUUGUGUGUGUCCAGACAGGCUCAAUCCUUUCACAAGUCACCUCCUUAGAUGCCAUUUUCUCAUGGAGUACCCUAUUCAAAAUGUUGGCAAUAGCUAUGGCAGCAUUGAUUCCUGGGACAUUCAUUAAGCAGUUUGGUCAGAAACACCUCAGUGUGGACAAGAGCAAUCAAAAUGUGCACCUGCUCAAUGGGAAGAAGAGAAGCUGAAUAGGCUAUGUUGCAAUCAGGUGCUGUCAAAGCCUGUUUAUGGGGAGAAGUGCAAUUUAUUUCCAGCUGGGUUUUUGAAUCCUUUGGACAGAUGGAAUAUCUCAUUUCAGCAAUGACUAGAACAGUCUGUUUGUAAUUUUAAAACAAAAACAAAAAAACAGAGACCUGCAUGGCUCAUCUUUAAAAGGUGCUUGUGAUUGUUCCAGUGACCUCUGUACCUACACUACUGUCAAAAGAGAUGGGAAAUGUGGUUAUUUUGCAAUAACUGAACCAUUAGAGACUGCAAGACCUGAGGUUUGAAGUCAGAGGUGGGCAAUGCAGAGACCAAUUUCCCACUGCCCACCCAUCCUCUGCUGUAACCCCAAUAUCUCCAUUUUCUGGCUAGUCCCGCUCACAACGGCAAUUGGAUGUCUCCUGUCUUCCUGACACCAUUUGAAGAGGAAAAACAACAUGGUGGGUUCUUGAGAAGUUACAUGGGGGUGUUUUUAGCUUUUUUUAAAAAAAAAAAGUUUUACACUGGACUGGCCAUGGCUGUAGGCCAAAUAAUGUGGAGGACCUCUAAUCCGAGACCAGGUAACCUCUGGAGCUGGGGGCAAAAACAGAAAUAAGGAAGUUAUAAGCUUCUAGAUGAUGUUGGAAUACAAUUCUCAUGACCUCUUACUACUGACGAUGCUGCCUAAAUCUGAUGGGAAUUGCAGCCCAACAACACAGAGUUUCAACAGCCUAUUCUUCUACUUUAAAAAAAAGUUUCUCUGUUUAUGCAACACUGUAUAGAGAAGAACAGUAAUUUACAUUCCCUGUUGUUCUGUUCCUUGAAAAAGUUGUGCUGCUAAUCCAUUGGCUUAAUCCACUUUCAAAGGUGGGAGAAGGCUUGUGAAUGAAGGUGUAAUUAUUUCUUUCACUUCUACAGAGUACAGAAUCAAAAUUUAAUAGUCUGUAACAAACAUAUUGUUUAUCUCAUUAUAUUCCCCCUGCUCCCUGCAUGAUGUUGUUUAUAGUCAGCAGUGUUGAACAGCGACUAUUUUUUUAAAAAGCCCUCUGUCCUUGAGUUUGCUAUUUGAAAAGGUCCUAAUCCUCACUGAAGUAGUAAACCUACUUUAGAAUGCAGGUGAUAAAUUCUCACUGAAAGCCUUCAGAUUUACAAAAUAAAAGAUUCACAAAUAAAAGUGAAAGCUAAUAGGAUUUUUAGGAUAGACUACUAUUGGUAGAUAUCUGAUGUGAUACAAUCUCACAACCUCAAAGUAAGGUUUCCUGUAAAAAUUACACUAAUUCAGCUCUAUGUGGAAAUGCAGCUCUCAUGUCAUCUCCCUCCAGCCAAAUGAUAGUCUUAUGAGAAACAAGCCAGUGUUCUGGGAAUGGUAUUUGCUGUCUCUGAUAGUUGCCAUAUUCUGUCAAAGUAUUUGUGAAAAGAUGGUCUGACAAUUUUGUCGUGACAAUUUGGAAGUAAAAGUGUCUGUGACUUGAUUUUAUCUGAGCAGCAACUAUGUCUUAAUCAAGUGCCUUUAUUUAUCAAGUGUGUGUGUUUACAUGGAAUCUAUAUUCUUAUCAGAUAAAUAGUAGUGUAAAUCCUUA